UUACCUCCCUUAAUUUCUUCAUCUAUAAAAUGGGAGUGGCACCACCUACACAUGAAUGUGUAAAAUGCAUGAAUGUAAUGGUUUUGAGUGUGAGAGGUAACAUAAGGCAGAGCCCCGAGCCUGGAAUCACUACAGGUGAGCAUGGGUGGUGGUGAUGAUAGGUCUGCCAAAGAGUUCAAGUUUGCAGGUCUCCCAUGAGCCUCAUGACCUGAGUCCUGUCCCUAACCCAAUUCAGGUUACACGGCAGAUCCAUGAGCAUGAGCAGGAGAACGAGUUGCGGGAACAGAUGUCAGGUUAUAAGCGGAUGCGGCGCCAGCACCAGAAGCAGCUGAUCGCCCUGGAGAACAAGCUGAAGGCUGAGAUGGACGAGCACCGCCUCAAGCUCCAGAAGGAGGUGGAGACGCAUGCCAACAACUCGUCCAUCGAGCUGGAGAAGCUGGCCAAGAAGCAAGUGGCUAUCAUAGAGAAGGAGGCAAAGGUAGCCGCGGCAGAUGAGAAGAAGUUCCAGCAACAGAUCUUGGCCCAGCAGAAGAAAGACUUGACAACUUUCUUAGAAAGUCAGAAGAAGCAGUAUAAGAUUUGUAAGGAAAAAAUAAAAGAGGAAAUGAAUGAGGACCAUAGCACACCCAAGAAGGAAAAGCAAGAGCGGAUAUCCAAGCAUAAGGAGAACCUGCAGCACACACAGGCCGAAGAGGAAGCCCAUCUUCUCACCCAGCAGAGACUGUACUACGACAAAAACUGCCGUUUCUUCAAGCGGAGAACCAUGACCAAGCGACAUGAGGUGGAGCAGCAGAACAUUCGAGAGGAACUGAACAAGAAGAGGACGCAGAAGGAGAUGGAGCACGCCAUGCUAAUCCGGCAUGACGAGUCUACCCGAGAGCUGGAGUACAGGCAGCUGCACACGUUACAGAAGCUCCGCAUGGAUCUGAUCCGUCUACAGCACCAGACUGAGCUGGAAAACCAGCUGGAGUACAAUAAGAGGCGAGAGAGGGAACUGCAUAGGAAGCACGUCAUGGAACUCCGGCAACAGCCCAAAAACUUAAAGGCCAUGGAAAUGCAAAUUAAAAAACAGUUUCAGGACACUUGCAAAGUACAGACCAAACAGUAUAAAGCACUCAAGAAUCACCAGUUGGAAGUUACUCCAAAGAAUGAGCACAAAACAAUCUUAAAGACACUGAAGGACGAGCAGACGAGAAAGCUUGCCAUCCUGGCAGAGCAGUAUGAACAGAGCAUAAAUGAGAUGAUGGCCUCUCAAGCGUUACGGCUAGAUGAGGCUCAAGAAGCAGAAUGCCAGGCCUUGAGGCUACAGCUCCAGCAGGAGAUGGAGCUGCUCAAUGCCUACCAGAGCAAAAUCAAGAUGCAGACGGAGGCCCAGCACGAGCGCGAGCUCCAGAAACUAGAGCAGAGGGUGUCUCUGCGCAGAGCACAUCUCGAGCAGAAGAUUGAAGAGGAGCUGGCCGCCCUGCAGAAGGAACGCAGCGAGAGGAUCAAGUUCCUCCUGGAAAGGCAAGAACGAGAGAUGGAAACCUUUGACGUGGAGAGCCUCCGGAUGGGGUUUGGGAAUUUGGUUACAUUAGAUUUUCCUAAGGAGGACUAUAGAUGAGAUUCAAUUUUUUGCCAUUUACAAAAAAAAAAAAAAAGAAAACAAAAAAAGUUCAGACCCUGCAAAACCACAUUCCCCAUUUUAACGGGCGUUUCUCUCACUCUCUCUCUCUCUCUCUCUCUCUCUCUUACUCUUACUGACAUCGUGUCGGACUAGUGCCUGUUUAUUCUUCCUCCAUCAGGGGCCCCUUCCUCCCCCGUUGUCAACUUUCAGUGCUGGCCAGAGCCUGGCCGUCUCUUCUAUUCAUGGUACACGUCACAGUGUUGAUGUGAUUCAAAAUGUUUCAGUGAAAACCUGGGAGACACUUUUAACAAAACCAAUAAACCACAGUAACAACAAAAAAAAAGUGGAUGUAUAUUGCUUUAAGCAAUCAGUCUUUACUACCAAUCUGUGAAAAUGAAGCAAAAAAAUAAUAAUAUGAAUAAAGCGAAUGCCAAGGGGGAGAGAGACUGUAUCCGCAGCCUUACACCUUAACUCGCUGCUGCAUUCUUUUCUUUUCUUUUCUUUUUUUGGUAUUUAUUCAUCAGGAAUUAAAAAAAAAAAAAACAAAGUUUUAUUAAAGAUUGAAAAUUUGAUACAUUUUACAGAAACUAAUUGUGAUGUACAUAUCAGUGGUGACAUAUUAUUACUUUUUUGGGGUGGGGGUGGGUGGGGUGAAGAAAUCUUGUGAUUUUUAAGAGCCUGCUGGCAAGAGUUUAACUUGUCUUGGGCAUAUUCUGUAUCAUAGCCAUUUUCUGCUGUUGCAGGAGAUGUGAGUACACUUAAGGAGCCCACAGACUCCCAGUAGCACAGAUUGGGCUUUGGCAAAUCGUGUAUUUUGUGUAUAGAAGGAAUUUAAGGAGAGGUAUUACUUAUUUUCAUAUUGUAUUUUAACUGUUUCUCUGAUCAAAUUUUUUUACUUCCUCCUCCUGUUCCUCCCCCGCCCCUACCUCCCUCCUUUUCCAAUUCAGUAUUUGGAGUUCAACACUUGUCUCUCAGUCAGAUCACCUCGACCUUUUUCUUUAUUUCCCUUCCCCUUCCUAAGUCCCAUCUCUUGGUCAUAAAUAUUGCAUUAUUCACACUUUCAAACUGUGUAUUUUCUUACAAUAAAAAAUGAUGAAAAAAAAAAGGCUUUACUUCUUUUGCAUGCACUUUAAAAAAAAACAAAACAAAACAUUUUUCAGGUUCCAAGGAAGAGCAUGAUAACUGUCAGAGCUUUUAAUUAUAUUUGUAAAUAAAAGUGUUCAUCACA